CAAAGAUGGCGUUUCAAUCAUAACCUCAAUUCGAUUGACGCGGAAUUGUUUGUACAUCGUAUUGUAUUCCAAAAUAAAAAUUAACUAGAAUUAAUUAAGUUUAGUAAUAGUAAGUUUCUCUGAUAGUUCAUAAGUACACCACCAGCAUGGCGGAUGCUGCGGCUAGACAGUUGCAGUACGAGUAUAAAGCGAAUUCAAAUCUCGUACUCCAAGCCGAUGUGCGGCUUAUUGAGCGCCGCGGCCGUGAUGAGGCUACGGGAGAGGUUCUCUCGCUGUCGGGAAAGCUCACGGGAACGCGUAUGGGCGACCGUGCGCAGCGCACAAAACCAGACAAAGCUGAGGAACGCAAAGUGAAACGGCAGAAACGUGACGAGGCAUCAUAUGAACUAUCAAAGUCCAAAGGCAAUCGUGUUGCCUGGUCAGACGAGAACACUGGAGCAGUAUACCGUCCCAGAGCCCAGCACACUAGACAUGCUUAUGAACUGCUGCUGUCCUUCAUGCAGGGUUCCCUUGGGGACCAGCCAAGAGAUAUUCUUUGUGGAGCCUGCGAUGAGGUACUAGUAGUGCUCAAAAAUGACAGACUAAAAGACCCUGAGAAAAAGAAAGAGAUAGAACUGCUCCUUGGACCUAUUCCCGAUGACAGAUUUGCACUGCUUGUCAAUUUAGGCAAGAAAAUAACAGACUUCAAUAUCAGCUCGCCGACAGAGGGCAACACUGAGAUUGACGAGACGUACGGCAUCAAUGUGCAGUUCGAGGAGUCUUCAGAUGAAGAUGACGAGGAUGCCUAUGGAGAGGUACGCGAGGAAGACAGGGAGGAAGGAGAGGGAUCAGACAAUGAGAAAGAGAAGGAGAGUAGCGCAGAAGAGGACAGCGAUGGCGAGGGCAGACGCAACGCCAUACACGCUAAUCUUUCAGAGGAGCAGUCCCACAAACGACGCGAUACAGUCAUCCAUCCAAUGGAUAUCGACGCCUAUUGGCUACAGAGACGGCUCUCCAGGCAUUUCCCUGAUGCUAUGCUGUCGCAGGCCAAGUCCAGCGAAGUACUUAAGGCGCUAGAUGACGCUGCUGACGACAGGGAUUUGGAAAAUAGACUAGUGUUGAUGCUCGGCUACGACUGCUUCGAGUUCGUCAAGAUACUGACCAAGUACAGAUACACCGUGUUGUACUGCACGAAGCUCGCCUCCGCUCAGUCCGAGAGCGAAAGGCAAGCACUCCGCGAUGAAAUGAGCCGGCAGCCGCAUCUUAUGAAGAUAUUGGCUCAGCUGGAAACGGGGAAAGGAGAUGAUGAGAGCGCCCAACAAUCGGAAGCGCCCCGCAAGCGCCAUAAAGCAGAAGCAGCAGGCAGCGGCCAAGCCGCCGGCAACAGGCAGAUGCUGCAACUAGAAGAGCUGGUGUUCGCCGCUGGAGCCCACUUCAUGGCCAAUAAGAGGUGUCAGCUACCACCUGGGUCAUUCAGGAAACAGAGAAAAGGUUACGAAGAAGUUCACGUGCCAGCCCUGAAGCCGAAAGCUUUCGAUAAAGGGGAGACUCUGUUGCCGGUCGAGAGUCUCCCUAAAUAUGUGCAACCAGCGUUUGAGGGGUUCAAAACCUUAAAUAGAAUACAGAGCCGUAUAUCCGACAAAGCGCUGAACUCCAACGUGAACCUGCUCGUGUGCGCGCCGACGGGCGCCGGCAAGACCAACGUGGCGCUGCUGUGCAUCCUGCGCGAGGUCGGCAAGCACGUCAACGACGACGGCACCGUCAACGCGGCCGACUUCAAGAUGAUCUACGUGGCGCCCAUGCGCUCUCUAGUGCAGGAGAUGGUGAGUCACUCUCACAAGACCAACGUGGCGCUGCUGUGCAUCCUGCGCGAGGUCGGCAAGCACGUCAACGACGACGGCACCGUCAACGCGGCCGACUUCAAGAUGAUCUACGUGGCGCCCAUGCGCUCUCUAGUGCAGGAGAUGGUGAGUCACUCUCACAAGACCAACGUGGCGCUGCUGUGCAUCCUGCGCGAGGUCGGCAAGCACGCCAACGACGACGGCACCGUCAACGCGGCCGACUUCAAGAUGAUCUACGUGGCGCCCAUGCGCUCUCUAGUGCAGGAGAUGGUGAGUCACUCUCACAAGACCAACGUGGCGCUGCUGUGCAUCCUGCGCGAGGUCGGCAAGCACGUCAACGACGACGGCACCGUCAACGCGGCCGACUUCAAGAUGAUCUACGUGGCGCCCAUGCGCUCUCUAGUGCAGGAGAUGGUGAGUCACUCUCACAAGACCAACGUGGCGCUGCUGUGCAUCCUGCGCGAGGUCGGCAAGCACGUCAACGACGACGGCACCGUCAACGCGGCCGACUUCAAGAUGAUCUACGUGGCGCCCAUGCGCUCUCUAGUGCAGGAGAUGGUGAGUCACUCUCACAAGACCAACGUGGCGCUGCUGUGCAUCCUGCGCGAGGUCGGCAAGCACGUCAACGACGACGGCACCGUCAACGCGGCCGACUUCAAGAUGAUCUACGUGGCGCCCAUGCGCUCUCUAGUGCAGGAGAUGGUGAGUCACUCUCACAAGACCAACGUGGCGCUGCUGUGCAUCCUGCGCGAGGUCGGCAAGCACGUCAACGACGACGGCACCGUCAACGCGGCCGACUUCAAGAUGAUCUACGUGGCGCCCAUGCGCUCUCUAGUGCAGGAGAUGGUGAGUCACUCUCACAAGACCAACGUGGCGCUGCUGUGCAUCCUGCGCGAGGUCGGCAAGCACGUCAACGACGACGGCACCGUCAACGCGGCCGACUUCAAGAUGAUCUACGUGGCGCCCAUGCGCUCUCUAGUGCAGGAGAUGGUGAGUCACUCUCACAAGACCAACGUGGCGCUGCUGUGCAUCCUGCGCGAGGUCGGCAAGCACGUCAACGACGACGGCACCGUCAACGCGGCCGACUUCAAGAUGAUCUACGUGGCGCCCAUGCGCUCUCUAGUGCAGGAGAUGGUGAGUCACUCUCACAAGACCAACGUGGCGCUGCUGUGCAUCCUGCGCGAGGUCGGCAAGCACGUCAACGACGACGGCACCGUCAACGCGGCCGACUUCAAGAUGAUCUACGUGGCGCCCAUGCGCUCUCUAGUGCAGGAGAUGGUGAGUCACUCUCACAAGACCAACGUGGCGCUGCUGUGCAUCCUGCGCGAGGUCGGCAAGCACGUCAACGACGACGGCACCGUCAACGCGGCCGACUUCAAGAUGAUCUACGUGGCGCCCAUGCGCUCUCUAGUGCAGGAGAUGGUGAGUCACUCUCACAAGACCAACGUGGCGCUGCUGUGCAUCCUGCGCGAGGUCGGCAAGCACGUCAACGACGACGGCACCGUCAACGCGGCCGACUUCAAGAUGAUCUACGUGGCGCCCAUGCGCUCUCUAGUGCAGGAGAUGGUGAGUCACUCUCACAAGACCAACGUGGCGCUGCUGUGCAUCCUGCGCGAGGUCGGCAAGCACGUCAACGACGACGGCACCGUCAACGCGGCCGACUUCAAGAUGAUCUACGUGGCGCCCAUGCGCUCUCUAGUGCAGGAGAUGGUGAGUCACUCUCACAAGACCAACGUGGCGCUGCUGUGCAUCCUGCGCGAGGUCGGCAAGCACGUCAACGACGACGGCACCGUCAACGCGGCCGACUUCAAGAUGAUCUACGUGGCGCCCAUGCGCUCUCUAGUGCAGGAGAUGGUGAGUCACUCUCACAAGACCAACGUGGCGCUGCUGUGCAUCCUGCGCGAGGUCGGCAAGCACGUCAACGACGACGGCACCGUCAACGCGGCCGACUUCAAGAUGAUCUACGUGGCGCCCAUGCGCUCUCUAGUGCAGGAGAUGGUGAGUCACUCUCACAAGACCAACGUGGCGCUGCUGUGCAUCCUGCGCGAGGUCGGCAAGCACGUCAACGACGACGGCACCGUCAACGCGGCCGACUUCAAGAUGAUCUACGUGGCGCCCAUGCGCUCUCUAGUGCAGGAGAUGGUGAGUCACUCUCACAAGACCAACGUGGCGCUGCUGUGCAUCCUGCGCGAGGUCGGCAAGCACGUCAACGACGACGGCACCGUCAACGCGGCCGACUUCAAGAUGAUCUACGUGGCGCCCAUGCGCUCUCUAGUGCAGGAGAUGGUGAGUCACUCUCACAAGACCAACGUGGCGCUGCUGUGCAUCCUGCGCGAGGUCGGCAAGCACGUCAACGACGACGGCACCGUCAACGCGGCCGACUUCAAGAUGAUCUACGUGGCGCCCAUGCGCUCUCUAGUGCAGGAGAUGGUGAGUCACUCUCACAAGACCAACGUGGCGCUGCUGUGCAUCCUGCGCGAGGUCGGCAAGCACGUCAACGACGACGGCACCGUCAACGCGGCCGACUUCAAGAUGAUCUACGUGGCGCCCAUGCGCUCUCUAGUGCAGGAGAUGGUGAGUCACUCUCACAAGACCAACGUGGCGCUGCUGUGCAUCCUGCGCGAGGUCGGCAAGCACGUCAACGACGACGGCACCGUCAACGCGGCCGACUUCAAGAUGAUCUACGUGGCGCCCAUGCGCUCUCUAGUGCAGGAGAUGGUGAGUCACUCUCACAAGACCAACGUGGCGCUGCUGUGCAUCCUGCGCGAGGUCGGCAAGCACGUCAACGACGACGGCACCGUCAACGCGGCCGACUUCAAGAUGAUCUACGUGGCGCCCAUGCGCUCUCUAGUGCAGGAGAUGGUGAGUCACUCUCACAAGACCAACGUGGCGCUGCUGUGCAUCCUGCGCGAGGUCGGCAAGCACGUCAACGACGACGGCACCGUCAACGCGGCCGACUUCAAGAUGAUCUACGUGGCGCCCAUGCGCUCUCUAGUGCAGGAGAUGGUGAGUCACUCUCACAAGACCAACGUGGCGCUGCUGUGCAUCCUGCGCGAGGUCGGCAAGCACGUCAACGACGACGGCACCGUCAACGCGGCCGACUUCAAGAUGAUCUACGUGGCGCCCAUGCGCUCUCUAGUGCAGGAGAUGGUGAGUCACUCUCACAAGACCAACGUGGCGCUGCUGUGCAUCCUGCGCGAGGUCGGCAAGCACGUCAACGACGACGGCACCGUCAACGCGGCCGACUUCAAGAUGAUCUACGUGGCGCCCAUGCGCUCUCUAGUGCAGGAGAUGGUGAGUCACUCUCACAAGACCAACGUGGCGCUGCUGUGCAUCCUGCGCGAGGUCGGCAAGCACGUCAACGACGACGGCACCGUCAACGCGGCCGACUUCAAGAUGAUCUACGUGGCGCCCAUGCGCUCUCUAGUGCAGGAGAUGGUGAGUCACUCUCACAAGACCAACGUGGCGCUGCUGUGCAUCCUGCGCGAGGUCGGCAAGCACGCCAACGACGACGGCACCGUCAACGCGGCCGACUUCAAGAUGAUCUACGUGGCGCCCAUGCGCUCUCUAGUGCAGGAGAUGGUGAGUCACUCUCACAAGACCAACGUGGCGCUGCUGUGCAUCCUGCGCGAGGUCGGCAAGCACGCCAACGACGACGGCACCGUCAACGCGGCCGACUUCAAGAUGAUCUACGUGGCGCCCAUGCGCUCUCUAGUGCAGGAGAUGGUGAGUCACUCUCACAAGACCAACGUGGCGCUGCUGUGCAUCCUGCGCGAGGUCGGCAAGCACGUCAACGACGACGGCACCGUCAACGCGGCCGACUUCAAGAUGAUCUACGUGGCGCCCAUGCGCUCUCUAGUGCAGGAGAUGGUGGGUAACUUCAGUAAGCGUCUAGCGGCUUACAACAUGAAGGUAUCAGAGUUAACCGGAGAUCACCAGCUGACCAGGGAACAGAUCGAAGCCACUCAGCUUAUCGUCUGCACGCCGGAGAAGUGGGACAUCAUUACUAGAAAAGGUGGCGAGCGAUCCUUCACGAAUCUGGUGCGGCUGAUCAUCAUUGAUGAAGUUCAUCUACUUCAUGACGAGCGAGGACCGGUGUUGGAGGCGCUGGUCGCCAGGACCUUGAGGACGGUCGAGCAGACCCAGGAAGAGGUCCGAUUAGUGGGUCUCUCAGCCACCUUGCCGAACACCGAGGACGUGGCCGAUUUCCUCAGAGUGGAUCGCGAUCCUGAAUCGAAGGAUUGUGGGUUGUUCCACUUCGACAAUUCUUUCAGACCUGUGCCGUUGGAGCAGCAGUACAUCGGUGUGACAGAGAAGAAAGCCCUGAAGCGGUUCCAAGUGAUGAACGACAUAGUCUACGAGAAGACCAUGGAACACGCCGGCAGGAACCAGAUCCUCGUUUUCGUGCACUCCCGCAAAGAGACCGGUAAGACGGCGCGGGCUAUUCGAGACAUGUGCUUGGAAAAGGAUACGCUUGGACAAUUCCUCAGAGAGGGCUCGGCCAGCACAGAAGUGCUCAGAACAGAAGCGGAUCAAGUAAAGAACCCUGAGCUACGAGAACUGCUUCCAUAUGGGUUCGCAAUACAUCACGCCGGUAUGAGCCGCGUCGACCGUACUUUGGUAGAGGAUCUGUUCGCCGACAGACAUAUACAGGUCCUAGUAUCAACGGCGACCCUAGCGUGGGGUGUCAACUUGCCCGCCCACACGGUCAUAGUGAAAGGGACCCAGGUGUACUCCCCGGAGAAGGGCCGCUGGAGCGAGCUCGGCGCCCUGGACGUGCUGCAGAUGCUGGGCAGAGCUGGCAGACCGCAGUACGAUACUAAAGGGGAAGGCAUCCUGAUCACCAACCACUCGGAGCUGCAGUACUACCUGUCGCUGCUGAACCAGCAGCUGCCCAUCGAGUCGCAGAUGGUGGGCAAGCUGGCCGACAUGCUCAACGCGGAGGUCGUGCUCGGCUCCGUGCAGAGCGUGCGCGACGCCGUCACCUGGCUUGGUUACACUUACCUGUACAUACGAAUGAUGCGGGCGCCCGCGCUGUACGGUAUAUCACCGGAGAAGAAACAAGAGGACAAAUACUUGGAGCUGCACAGAGCGGACCUGAUACACACUGCGGCCAGCUUGUUAGACAAAGCCGGUCUGAUCAAAUACGAACGCAAAUCCGGGCACUUCCAGCCCACCGAGCUCGGCCGCAUCGCCUCCCACUUCUACUGCACCUACGAAACGAUGCAAUCUUACAACCAACUCCUCAAGCCGACGUUAGGAGAAAUUGAGCUGUUUAGAGUGUUUUCUCUGUCGGCUGAAUUCAAGAAUAUCACCGUUAGAGAAGAAGAGAAACUGGAGCUGCAUAAGCUGAUGGAAAGGGUACCCAUCCCAAUCAAGGAAAGUAUCGAAGAGCCGUCAGCCAAAGUGAACGUGCUGCUUCAGGCAUAUAUUUCCCAGCUCAAGUUAGAAGGCUUCGCCCUGAUGGCGGACAUGGUGUACGUCACGCAGUCCGCCAGCCGCCUGCUGAGGGCGAUCUUCGAAAUUGUACUGCACAGAGGCUGGGCCCAGCUGGUGGACAAGACGCUGGCCCUCUGCAAGAUGGUGGACCGCCGCAUGUGGCAGUCCAUGUCACCGCUCAGACAGUUCCGAAAAAUGCCUGAAGAGGUGAUAAAGAAACUCGAAAAGAAGAAUUUCCCCUGGGAAAAACUCUACGAACUCGGCCCCAACGAGAUAGGAGAGCUCGUUCGAGCCCCGAAACUCGGCAAAAUGAUACAUAAAUACGUCCAUCAGUUCCCGAAGCUCGAGCUGUCCACACACAUACAACCUAUCACGAGAAGCACGCUGCGAGUGCAGCUUACCAUCACGCCUGAUUUUCAUUGGGAUGAAAAGAUCCACGGGCAGUCGGAGGCGUUCUGGAUCCUGGUGGAGGACGUGGACUCCGAGGUGGUGCUGCACCACGAGUUCCUCCUGCUCAAAGAGAAGUACUGCAAGGACGAGCACACGGUAAAACUGUUUGUGCCUGUGUUCGAACCUCUGCCGCCGCAAUAUUUCCUCCGAGUCGUGUCUGACAGAUGGAUAGCAGCCGAGACACAGCUACCCGUCUCCUUCCAGCAUCUGAUCUUACCCGAGAAGAACCUCCCGCCCACAGAGCUGUUGGACCUUCAGCCUUUGCCUGUCUCCGCUCUCCGGAACCCUACGUUUGAGGCGUUGUACAAAAAGACGUUCGAACAGUUCAACCCUGUGCAAACACAGGUGUUCAACGCAGUGUACAACACGGACGACAACGUGUUCGUGGGCGCGCCGUCGGGCUCGGGCAAGGCGGUGGUGGCGGAGCUGGCGCUGCUGCGGCUGCUGGCCGGCAACGCCGCCGCCCGCGCCGUGUACCUGCUGCCCAAGGACGCGCUGGCUGACAUCGUGUUCUCCGACUGGUACCACAAGUUCGCCACCCCGGACGGGUUCAACCUUAAGGUGGUGCAGCUAACAGGCGAGACAGCAACAGACCACAAGCUGUUAAACAGGGGACAGAUCAUCAUCACUACCGCUGAGAAAUGGGACGUGCUCUCGCGGAGAUGGAAAGUGCGAAAGAGCGUGCAAUCGGUGUCCCUAUUCAUCGUGGAUGCCCUGCAGCUGCUCGGAGGCGACGAAGGCCCAGUAUUGGAGGUGGUGUGCUCCCGGAUGCGGUACAUAUCCUCCCAAAUCGGUCGUCAGAUCCGCAUAGUGGCGCUGUCGCUCCCUCUAGCGGACGCGCGCGACGUGGCGCAGUGGCUCGGCUGCAACUCUAACGCCACCUUCAACUUCCAUCCCAGCGUGAGGCCGCUACCACUAGAGCUGCACAUACAGGGUUUCAACAUCCCGCACGCGGCGUCGCGCCUGUCGUCCCUGACGAAGCCCAUCUACAACGCCAUCGUGCGCCACGCCGGCGCGCGCCCCGCCGCCGUGUUCGUGCCCUCGCGCCGCGACUCCCGCCUCCUGGCCGCUGACCUGCUAGCCUUGGCUGCGGCGCAAGGGAAAGCUGCCAGGUUCCUGCAUGCCAACCAGGAGGAGAUGCAGAAGUACCUCGAUAAAAUACAGGAUAAGAUGUUAAAGGAGACCCUCGCUGCCGGCGUGUCCUACCUCCACGAGGGCGUGGACCCGGACGACCGCCGCGUGGUGCAGUUCCUGGUGUCCAGCGGCGCCGUCCAGCUGUGCGUGGUGGCCGCCGAGCUAGCGUGGGCCUUCGCCGCCCACGUACACACUGUGAUAGUGUGCGACACACACACUUACAACGGCAAGCUCCACACGUACGAGCAGUACCCCAUCACGACGGUGCUGCACAUGCUGGGCCGCGCCUGCCCGGCGCCCGAGGACGACCACUCCGUGGCGGUGCUCAUGUGCCGCGCGCACCACAAGACCUUCUUCACCAAGCUGCUGCUGGACUGCCUCCCGCUGGAGAGUCACCUGGACCAUAGACUGCACGACCACAUGAACGCCGAGAUCGUGACCAAGACCAUAGAAAACAAGCAGGAUGCCGUCGACUACCUCACUUGGACCUUCCUCUACCGCCGGCUGACCAUGAACCCCAACUACUACAACCUGCAGGGCGUCACGCACAGACAUCUAUCGGACCACCUCUCGGAGUUGGUGGAGACCACUCUGACAGACCUGGAGCAGUCUAAAUGCAUCGCAAUCGAGGAGGAGAUGGACCUGCAGCCACUCAACCUGGGCAUGAUCGCGUCCUACUACUACAUCAACUAUACCACCAUCGAGCUGUUCAGCUUAUCACUGACAAGCAAGACGAAGAUCCGAGGUCUGCUGGAGAUCAUCUCGUCAGCCGCGGAGUACUCUGAGCUCUGCAUCAGGCACAGGGAGGAGAACAUCAUCAAAGCACUGGCUAACAAAGUCCCGCACAAGCCGACGUCGGCCUCCGGCGCCGUCAAGUACAACGACCCGCACGUCAAAGCUCACGUGCUGCUUCAAGCGCAUCUCUCCCGCACACAACUGCCGCAGGAGUUGCAGCAAGACACACAGCUAGUACUCACCAAGGCGAUCCGACUGAUCCAAGCGUGCGUCGACGUGGUCUCCUCCAGCGGCUGGCUCUCUCCGGCCGUGGCCGCCAUGGAGCUGGCCCAGAUGGUGACGCAGGCCAUGUGGGCCAAGGACUCGUACCUGCGCCAGCUGCCGCACUUCAGCCCCGAGGUGGUGCAGCGGUGCACUGACAAGGGUGUCGAAACAGUGUUCGACGUGAUGGAGCUGGAGGACGCGGCGCGCGCCAAGCUGCUGCAGCUGUCCCCCGCCGAGAUGGCGGACGUGGCGCGCUUCUGCAACCGCUACCCCAACGUGGAGCUCGUCUACGAGGUGAAGGACGAGCGGCGGCUGCGCGUGGGCAAGCCCAUCGUGGUGGAGGUGUCGCUGGAGCGCGAGGACGACGUGCUGGGGCCCGUCAUCGCGCCCUUCUUCCCGCAGAAACGCGAAGAAGGCUGGUGGGUAGUAAUCGGCGCACCCAAAACGAACAGUCUCCUCUCCAUCAAGCGCGUGUCGCUGGGCAGGAGUGCGCGCGUGCGCCUGGACUUCGUGUGCGGCGCGGCCGGCCGCCACGCCUACACGCUGUACUUCAUGUCCGACGCCUACCUCGGCGCCGACCAGGAGUACAAGUUCCACGUCGACGUGGCUGAUGCAGCAGACGAUGAUGAUGACUCUGAUGAAUAGGGCUAUAUCGAGAAAUUCUGUUUGAUGUAAAA